AUGGAUAUUGUGGAGGUGGACUCGACGACGGCUUUGGUGAUCCACUGGCGCAUUUUUCGGUUAACGGGGCUGCAUCCACCGUCCAAGGAAACCCUGUGGGGCCGCCACUACAGGGCGUACUCGAUAGUGUGGAAUAUGGUGUUCCACUUCUGCGUGUCAGUGUCCUUCUCGGUGAACUUCCUGCUGUCCAACUCGCUGGAGACCUUCUGCGAAGGCCUCUGCGUGGUCCUGCCGCACACUCUUUACAUGGUGAAGUCGUUCAAUGUGUACCUGAAUCGGGACGAGAUGCUCCGUAGCCACAGGUUGCUCCGUCACCUGGACAGACGCUUGAGCUCCCCCGAGGAUACCCGGAUCAUCGAUGAGGGUAUGGCCAAGGCGGAGUUCAUGUUCCGGCUCCUUAUGCGCUGCUUGCUGGGCGUGAUCUGCGUGGGCAUCCUCUACAUGGCUAUGGCCAGCGAGCCCACGCUGAUGUACUCCUCGUGGAUCCCCUGGAACUGGAAGGAUUCCACCGCCGCCUACCUGCCCACAGUCAUCCUGCACACCUUCGCCCUGAUGGAGACGGCAAUGGUGGUCCUUAACCUGACCACCUACCCGGGCACCUACCUCAUCCUGGUCAGCGCCCACACCAAGGCGCUCGCCUGGAGGGUCGCCAAGCUGGGACACGAUCAGCAACCCCCCGCGGAUCGGGUGCAGGAACUCCUGAUCGGGUACAUACAGGACCACCAGGUCAUAUUAAAGCUGGUGAAGUCGCUGCAGAAAUCCCUGUCGAUGGCCUGCUCGAUGCAGUUCCUCUCCACAGCCUGUGGCCAGUGCACCAUCUGCUACUUCCUGCUCUUCGGGCAGGUGGGGGUCAUGAGGUUCACCAACAUGCUGUCCCUCCUGGUGGCCUUCACCACGGACACCCUGCUGCUCUGCUCAAUGGCGGAGCUGCUCUGCCAGGAGGGCGAGACUCUCCUAACGGCAGUCUACAGCUGCAACUGGGUGGACCAAUCGGUCCACUUCCGGCGACUCCAUCUCCAGAUGCUCCAGCGCUGUCAGAAGCCGCUGGUCCUGGUCGCCGGGGUGAUAAUGCCCAUUAGCAUGAAGACCUUUUUGAUGAUGAUCAAGGGAGCCUAUACAAUGCUCACUCUACUGAAUAUAAUGCGCAAAACUACUAAUGAAAGCCACUAACUGAAUAAAAACCAAAAGGAUGUAGUGUUGGACUGGGAAAAACAUAAUAAAGAAAAGCAAUAUCCAAUACGUGGAUUUUCAACUGUCUUAUGCUGCAUGUAAACUUACGAGUACUUAAAACCCCAAAGCCACAGAUAUAUGAUUAACUACCGCAAUUGCAUUAAAUAGAAUUUAUGAACCACAAUUACUUUGACUUGUAAGUCAAGUAUGGGUACUUAUUAUAUAUUAUACCUUAUGUGACGUUUUAAUUAUAAAAU